AUGGUGCAGCGAGCGGCGCGCGCACGGUCCGGUACCGCCACCGGUACCGGGACCGCCGCUGGCACCGCCCGCGAGGCCGCCGCAGAGCCCGCGUGGUGCAAGACGCCGAGCGGGCACAUCAAGCGGCCCAUGAACGCCUUCAUGGUGUGGUCGCAGCACGAGCGCCGCAAGAUCAUGGCCCAGUGGCCCGACAUGCACAACGCYGAGAUCUCCAAGCGGCUGGGGCGCCGCUGGCAGCUGCUGCGCGACGCCGACAAGGUGCCRUUCGUGCGCGAGGCCGAGCGCCUUCGCCUCCAGCACAUGGCCGACUACCCGCACUACAAGUACCGGCCCCGCAAACGGGGCAAGGGGGGUCCCGCUGCGCCCCGGCCRCGGCCCAAGACGAAGCCCCCGGCGCCGGGACGCAGGGCCAAGGCGAGGGGGGAAGYGGCGGCGCGCGGCGAGCGCCACGAAACCACCGGCCACCCUGCAGCACCGCAGCCUGAUGGGCCACCCAGUCCCGCCGGUGUCCCCGCCGUCACGGCGCCCUCGCCUGCAUCGCCCGCAUCAUCCUCAUCCUCCUCGGAUGAAGAGCUGGAGGAGGAGGAGGAGGAGGAGGAAGCGUCGUCGGGCAUCGUGGCGCCGGCGGCGCCCGCCCCCCUGGACUGGUCGGUGUUGGACAAGGAGCUGGAGCCGCGCGGCGGCCCCUCGCACUUCGACUUCCCGGACUAUUGCACGCCCGAGGUGACGGAGAUGAUCGCGGGCGACUGGCUCAUGUCCAGCAUCUCCGACCUGGUCUUUACGUACUGAGGCCCGUGCUCGGCAGGUAACGACGCUGCUUUCCUUUGGGGGUUGAUCU